AACAUGGAUCCCAGCAGAGUGGAAGAAGCAUCUGACAAGAUGAGCAAUGAUGAUGAGAUGGCAUCUGUCAUGGGAUUCUCUGGGUUUGGUAAGAAAGCCCGCACAUUUGACCUGGAUGCCAUUUUUGAGACGACCCGACGAACUGCCGUUGAAAGGAGUCAGCGUGUGUUAGAGGAGAGAGAGAAGGAGGCUGACGUGGAGGAGGAAGGGCAGAGCUCCAAGUCGGUCAAGCCAACAGUCAAAACUGCAGCUACUGCUUUCAGUAAACCGGAGAGUGACAGCAGCAGUGACAGUGGUUCAGACUCUGACUCAGACUCUGAUGUCAUUGGGCCGCCAGUGCCUGAUGAGCUUGUGGGACCGCCUCUUCCUCCAGGUUACACAGGCAGCACGGCUCACAGUGAUGAUGAUGAUGAUGAGGAGGAGGAGGAGGCAGAUGAUGCUGAUGAAGACAAUCCAGUGAAGAAAAUUCCAGACACUCAUGAGAUCACCCUGCAGCACUGCACCAGGACAGUAUCGGCUCUUGGCUUGGACCCGUCUGGAGCUCGUUUGGUGACGGGCGGAUAUGAUUAUGAUGUUCGUUUCUGGGAUUUUGCUGGGAUGGACCAGUCUCUGCAGGCCUUCAGGUCCCUGCAGCCCUGUGAGUGCCAUCAGAUCAAUCAUGUGCAGUACAGUGUGACAGGUGAUGUUAUCCUGGUGAUAUCUGGUAACGCGCAGGCCAAGGUGUUGGACCGUGACGGCUUUAAUGUGAUGGAGUGUGUGAAGGGAGACCAGUACAUUGUGGAUAUGGCUAACACCAAGGGCCAUACAGCUAUGCUGAACUGUGGCUGCUGGCAUCCAAAGUUCAUGACCUGCUCCAAUGAUGGCACCGUGCGCACAUGGGACGUGAACUCUGAGAAGAAGCACAAGGCCGUGUUCAAACCGCGCACCUUCCAGGGAAAGGUCACACCCACAUGUUGCACCUACAGCCGUGAUGGGAAGCUGAUAGCAGCCGGCUGCCAAGAUGGCAGCAUCCAGAUCUGGGACAGAAACCUCAGCGUCCAUACAAAGUUCCACUGUAAGCAAGCACACACUCCAGGAUCAGACCCCUCCUGCCUCGCUUUUUCCUAUGAUGGCAUGGUUCUGGCUUCACGUGGGGGUGAUGACACUCUGAAGACGUGGGACAUACGCAACUUCAGGAAGCCACUGAAUGUAGCUACUGGAUUACCCAACAACUUUACAAUGACCGACUGCUGUUUCAGCCCAGACGACAAGCUUAUUCUAACCGGGACGUCGGUGAAGAAAGACCAGGGCAGCGGGAAGCUCGUCUUCUUUGACCGAACCUCCUUCCAGAAAGUCUAUGAAAUAGAAGUCACCAACGCAAGUGCCAUCCGCUGCCUGUGGCAUCCAAAACUGAACCAGAUAAUGGUGGGAACUGCGAAUGGACUGGCCAAGGUCUACUACGAUCCUUUCAAAAGCCACAGAGGGGCGAAGCUUUGUGUGGUGAAGAGCCAGCGGAAAGAGAAGCACACCGAGGUCCUUACACAAGAUUACAUCAUCACACCUCAUGCGUUACCCAUGUUCAGAGAGGCCCGACAGCGGAGUACACGGAAACAGCUGGAGAAGGACAGACUUGACCCCAAGAAGUCCAACAAGCCCGAGCCUCCAGUGUCGGGACCAGGUCGUGGAGGCAGAGUCGCAGCUCAUGGUGGAACGCUGUCGUCGUUCAUCGUGAAGAACAUCGCUUUAGACAAAACAGAUGACAGUGACCCCCGAGCUGCCAUCCUACGUCACGCCAAGGAGGCUUCAGAGAACCCGUACUGGGUCGCCCCGGCGUACACACAGACCCAGCCCGAGCCUUUGUUUGCAGAGGAAUCGGAGGAGGAUGAGGAAGCUGAGAAGGAGCCAGAGUGGAAGAAACGCAAGAUCUGAGAGGUUUCGACUGCACUUCAUUUUAUAUCGGAUA